AUGGCACGAGCUCUGGGACGUCAAAGAGAAGGGAAUGGCAGGAAGAGUGGAAUGAAGGAGGCUGGGCAUGCUUAUGAGACAAGGAGAAAGGAACGGCGAAAGACAGAGAGGGGAAAGCAGGUCCCACUGGAGGAACCUAAGUUGCCAAGGAAGACUCAUAAAUUGCUUCAAGUGCUUGGAGGAACUGCUAAAAGGAAGAAAUUGCUCUCACCAAAGGGCAUGGACGUACGCCCAAUGAUGGAAGUUGUAAAAGGAGCAGCCUUUGACAUUUUGCAGGCGGCCAGUGGUUGUCCUGCAUCUUUAAGGCCUGGUCGUUGGUUAGACUUGUAUAGCGGCACAGGAUCUGUUGGCAUUGAGGCUCUCAGCUGGGGAUGUUCUGAGGCUAGAAACUUUAGAGUUGAACCACCUGGGUUGUUCCAAGGCCGUAGAGAGCACCCAAAGAUAGGGAAGCUGAAAAGACGCAUUCAACCUAGGGACAUUACUAUAAAUAUUGGAAAGGAUGCCCCAAUUCCCAAAUGCCCUAUCCCUAGUGAAAAGUGGUUGUUUCUGCCAUAAUUUUAUUGGAAAAUAGGAACAAAGUUGUGUCUCUGUUUUAAGAUUUUUAAUAAAUUAACUUUACAAAUAUUUGAUCUCUGCAGAUGGAAAGAAAUAAGGCAUGACAACACAGUUACAUGGCUUGCUUUUUGGAAUGAUCCAAUCAACCCAAAGGAAUUCAAAUACGUG